AUGCAUCAGAGAUUCAACACAAGAUUUACGCAAGAAGUAUUUGGUCUGUUUCUAAACAAUUUCACAAACCCUGGAGAAGACACACUAUCCGAGAAAGAAGAGCUCUCUAGGGCGAAUAGACUGAAAUGUAACUUGCGUGUUUUUAUUGAACUAUACCUGGUUGGCCUUUUUACCAAUGUUGACAAUUUAAGCUCUAAAGAGGCUCUACCAGCUUUCUUACAGCGGAGCAUGGCUAAAAAAGAACCUAUCAUUUUGCGCCUUAUGAAAGAAUCUCUCAACUACAAGUUCAAGCGUGGAUUGUCUACUGGUAUUGCGACAUCCGUACUCAAGAGAUUUCCAUUCUUCUUCAACAACCAAGACACACGUCUGAACGUCUGCAUAGCUGAUGAUAAUCUCAAAGAGUUGUUGCAAGCUUUGUUUAAGCUAUAUGGAGACGCUGUUAUUGCAAGAGCAGUUGAGUUGGACUCCAGAACCAAAAAACUGUUCAAGGAACAUCAAAGCUGCCAAUUCCGUACCGGUAAGCUAACAGACGAAUACAUCGAAGAGUAUAAUCAAUGUAUGCCGAUUUAUGAGACUUUUAAGGCGGCUUCCGAAGUAUUUGCCGAUUUCUUUAACCUGGACAAGCCGUCGUUCGACCAGUCCGUUAGCGAACAAAAAGAUGAACAAGCGUCACUUUCUCCUGUUAUAACAAACGCAGUGGCUUUACCUGGUCAGAGGUUGUGGGAAAAUGAAGAAACCAGGAAGUUUUACGAAGUUCUGCUUGACAUUGGUGACUUAUACAGAGCAUCGCUUCAAAGUGAAGUGGAGGCAAAUGGAGAAGUAAUCAACGACUUUUUCAGUAACUUGGAAAAAACAGAGUCAAAAGAGGAAAUAGACGCUUUGACUGUGCAAUAUUGGUCUGAGAAUCUGGAUAAUAAGGCGACGAAGAAGCGUCUGAUCAAAUUCCUCAUAGAAACGCAAGAUUGGAGCAAAAUAAGAGUUUUUACAAGGUUUCUUGCGACAAACGCCAAAUAUUUUCCUGAUGUUAUUGACGAGUUUACGUCGUACUUGGACAGUGGGUUUCGCAGCCAGCUUCAUACUAAUAGAAUAAAUGUGAAGAAUAUCAUUUUUUUUAGUGAGAUGGUGAAAUUUAUGCUACUUCCAACUUAUAUGAUAUUCCAUAAGAUAAGGACGCUGAUCAUAAAUUUGCAAGUUCCGAACAACAUCGAGAUUUUGACUGUUUUCUUUGAGCAUUUGGGUAUAUUCCUCAUCAACAAACCUGAGUACAAACCACACAUGGAAAAAAUGGUAGAAUUAAUAAGGGAAAACAAGAAAGAUAGACAAAUAAAUAUGAAUCUGAAGGGGGCACUGGAUAACUUGAUCAAUCUAGUCUAUCCACCCUCAAUAAGAUCGCUUAAUGCAGAGUCGAAAGCUCUUUCACCGGAACAGAAGUUCUACCGUAUACUCAUCAGAAGAGAACUGGAGAAUUUUGAGUACAGGCAUACAGUGAAGCUACUUCGAAAGGCCAGUUGGAGGAACCAAGGCGUUUACCACACUCUCUUUGAAUUGUUUACGAAACCAGAGGAAAUAAGUUACCAAAAUAUCCCAUUCUUAGCCCGAAUCUUGAAGGACCUGUAUGCGUAUCAGAGAAACUUUGUCUUAAAAGCCAUCGAUGAGCUCCUAGAAAAUAUUGAACGAGGGCUAGAAUUGAACGAUUACUCACGGAACAUGCAUAGAAUCUCACAGGUGAAAUAUCUUACUGAUCUGUACAAUAUCGAGCUCAUCAAACCGCAGGUUUUAAUUGAUACACUUUACAACAUCAUAAACUUUGGGUUCUCGGCUCAAGACGUUCAACUCUUUUCUCCGAACUCGAUCGAUCCGACCGAUAACUAUUUCAAGAUUCAAUUGAUUACGACAGUUCUUUUGAAUGUAACCAAAAGAGUGCGUAUAUUCAAGGACCGCAUCACAAUGUUCUUGAUGUUUCUCGAUUACUAUGUGCUCGCGAAAGCACAGCCGCUGCCAAAAACAGUCAAAUUCAGCGUCGAAGCGACUUUCGAUAAGUAUGCGCCCGAAACUGGAAUACGAAGAAGUGAUACUGCGCAAGAAAGUUUCAUGCGUCUCACGCAAUUUUUAAAGAUUAAAGUUAAGGCUCAGAUAAAUGGAUCCACUGCUGUUGUUGAUAGCGCCGUUAAUUUAUCCGAGGUGGAAGAAGAGAUGGCAAAUGAUAAUGACGGCAUAGACGAGGCCGAUAAAGACUAUCCGGAGAGUGGCAUGUCAGCCGCUGAAGAGUACGAGGAUAAUGCCGAGCAUAAUGAGGAUAUAGUCGAUGAGGACGAGAUGGAUGAGGACGAAAGCCUCGAGCAAAGCGACAGCGAAGAUGGAGACGAGUCAUUUAACAAUGCUGAAAGCGAUUACGAUGACAUUUAUGGAGAUGUCGAUGCAGAUCGUGAUAUUGAAAAGCGGAGGAUGUAUGAAGAAUUCCAAAAGAGGUUGAAGGACGACGAGGAACGCAGGAUUGAGGCGGAGAUGGAGAAGCAGUUCCAGCAAAUCUUGUUAGAAUCUGCUGAUUCCAGGAAGAAUGAAAAAUCCACUGGUGGUAAGAUACCUUCAAUGUCCUCCACAGGAGAAACGAGCAAGCCAAGGUUACUUCGUCCAGAAUUUCAGGAUAGAGGUCACGACCGACAGCCACAGAAGGUUGCCUUCACGUUUUUAAGUAAGUCAGGUAAGAAAACGCAGUCGAGGGUGUUGGGGUUGCCUUCGAACGUUGAAUUCGUCUCGGGAGUCCUUGAGGAGGAGGAAAGGUUGAAAAACGAACGAGAGAAGAUCAAGGAAAUCGUCCUACAAAGGACAUUCGAUUAG